CUAUAGCAGAAAAAGAUCAUUUAUCUAUUUCUGAAUCAGUUAAUACUGAAAUAUAUAGUGAAGGUGAAGAACCUGGUAAAGUUAAUAAUGGAAAUUCAAUAGAACAACCAAUUAUAAAUUUGGCUUCUCAUACUUUUCGAAUGGUUAAAAAUUGUUCUACUUAUGAAAAGAAAGAAGGUCAAAAACUUAAACAUUGUUUACCUAAUGAAUAUGAAUAG